CUAUUUGCACUGGACCUAGCCUCUCAGCACCAGCUAAUAUUCCAUCUCUUUUCAGAGUCUUCAUCCAGAGUGCGACUGGUGGGAGGCCCCCACCGCUGUGAAGGGCGAGUGGAGAUAGACUGGAAUGGCCAGUGGGGUACCGUGUGUGAUGACGGCUGGGACAUAAAUGAUGUUGCUGUGCUGUGCAGGCAGCUGGGCUGUGGAGCAGCCAACGGAACACCCAGUGGUACUUUAUACAAGCCAUCAAAAGAAAAAGAACAGAAAGUCCUCAUCCAACAGGUUGAUUGUAAUGGGACAGAAGAUACACUAGAUGAGUGUGAGCCAAGUGAUGUUUUUGAUUGCCAGUAUGACGAGUCUGCAGGGGCAUCGUGUGAGAGUGAGGAACAGACACUUCCUCUUUCUUUCUCCACAGAACCAGAGAAUGUGUGGCUGGCUGAUGGUCCUGGGCGCUGCCAGGGCCGAGUGGAGCUAAAGCACGAAGGCCAGUGGAGCACAGUGUGCAAAACAGGCUGGAACCUCCAAGCCACAAAGGUGUUGUGCCGGCAGCUGGGAUGUGGGAAGGCCGUACAAACCCACAAACGUUGCAACAAGGAUACCCGGGGCCACGGACCCAUCUGGCUGAGCCAGAUAUCAUGCUCAGGAAAAGAAGCAACUCUUCAGGAUUGCCCUUCUGGGCCUUGGGAGAAGAACAACUGCACCCAUGAUGAGGACACGUGGGUUGAAUGUGAAGAUGCCUUUGCCUUGAGGCUGGUAGGAGGAGACAACUCGUGCUCUGGGCGCUUGGAGGUGCUGCACAAGGGUGUGUGGGGCUCUGUCUGUGAUGAUGGCUGGGGAGAAAAGGAGGACCAGGUGGUAUGCAAGCAGCUGAGCUGUGGGAAGUCCCUCUCUGCAUCCCCCAAAGUUCGGAAAAACUACAGCCCUGGGGUUGGCCGCAUCUGGCUGGAUGAUGUUCGUUGCUCGGGGGAGGAGCAGUCCCUGGAACAGUGCCAGCACAGGUUUUGGGGGUAUCACGACUGCACCCACAAGGAAGAUGUGGCUGUGAUCUGCGCAA